UGCCUUCCAAGCAGUUGAUCCGGGUUCGAUUCCCGGCCAUCGCACAUUUUUUUUCCAGAGCGUGGGGAAAAUAUUUUUACAAUUUAUUAAAAAUUCAUAUGAUCUCGUGUACUUUGGCACAUAAUUAUAAUGUAGCUAAGUGAGGUCAGAAGCUAAUUGUGAUCUGUAAGAUUGACCGUUGAUUGAGGCGAUUAAUCAAGGUUAUGUGAUAUGUGAGAAAUUGUAUAUGUGCUCAUAGUAUAGUGAUAAUGCACGAGAAUAGUAAAAUUAAGAAUACGUGUCGUCUAUGCCUGGCAAAAGCUGAUGAGACCCAGUUUGUACCAAUAUUUCCUCAAACGUAUGUCAAUGGCGUUUCACUCAUUAUGAAAAUCAUGGUGUGCGUGUCCUUAACGAUCCAAGAAGACGAUCCCUUUCCCAAGAUAAUAUGUAAGGAAUGUGAAGAAUCUGUCAAUUCAUUCUACAUCUUUCGUGAGAUUUGCUCCAGAGCUUAUUUUAUGCUCAUACAGAAUUUUGAAGUUGGCAAGGACUCUGGUGAGGAAUUUCAGCCUAGCGCUGCCGACAAACUGGAUCAUCCUGAACAAUCUGGAAAGACCGAAUUGUGUGAAGCCACUCAUAUUACUGUAACCCCAAGGCAGAAAGAAUCUAUGAAUACAGCAUAUGAUGAAGAAGAUAUUAAUCUGCAUGAUGAUAUUGACCUGGAACAAAACAUACCGGAGCAUCAUAUAAUGUACGUUGACACAGGAAAACGAUCCAAUGAUGGAGUUAUAUCGAAAGAUGGAUCUAGUUCUCAGACUGCCUACAAAAGGAAUGAAAAAUUCCACAUUAGGGACAUGGGGAUAAAAGGAGUUGACAUUUCUCAAAUUCUUCGUAAAGCUCCACAGAAAUCAGAAAAAGAGGAUGCUGGAGAUAUUAACUCAAACAAAAACCUGGUGAUCGAAAAUUCAGAUCCAACUAUGGACGAAAAAUCGACGAAUACCUGCAAACCUGAGAUAAACUUUCGUCAGGUCGGAGAGAUUGAGGAAUGUAUACCUUGUGGCAAAUAUAUCAAGCAAAGAGUGAAAUACAAAUGUUUACGAUGCGAGAAUAAUUUCAAUAAUCUGGAGUCACUUACCGACCACUAUGCUAAUUACUGUCAGGCAACUAAUAAGCGAGAGGUUGAUCAAGCCCUCGGUCAAGCCUCUGAUGUAUCUUCUCAUGCAGAAAGUAACUCAAGUUAUUUAUAUUCUUUUGAGUAUUUAGAUAAAAACUUUGAGCUGGAAACUAAGGAGGUAUCUAGUUUAGAAUAUUUGGAUAAGGGCGAUGUGGCAAAUGAUAUCGAAUACAUUGAAGGCUCCCAUUUAUCGGAAUUGAGAAAAGCAAAUGUAUUGGAACAGAUAGUGGCAGAUAGGAUUUUAGAACAGAAUGAAAUUAAUGAGUCAAUCGGGAUAGAUUCUAUGUCAAAUGCUGGGAUAAGUAAUUAUGGUGAAACAUGUCAUAUUAUGCCUGAUAAUUUGAAUUCUAAUUCAUGUGAACCUAACUUGAAGAUGAAAACAAGUUUCUGUAAACUGGACUCUGAGGCAGAAUAUUUUGGCUUACAAUCCCCUAAAUCUUGCCCUGAUACAGCAAAGUUGUUAAAUUUGAGGAGAACUCAGAACACAAAGGGAGGAUGGUUAAGAAAGGUAGAUUACCCUUGCCCAGAUUGCAAUAAAAUAUUUGCGAGCAAUUCUUUAUUGAAGAGGCAUUCUUUGGUCCACACCGGGGAACGUCCUCACACGUGUGAAAUUUGCAACCGGCACUUUUCGCAAUUAGGCCAGUUAAAUUUUCAUAGAAAGUUUCACGAUAAUCCACGUUAUCGAUGUCAUAUUUGCAGCAAGCCAUUCCUGAGACCUAGUGACAUAGAGAAACAUAUGCGAACUCAUACAGGAGAAAAACCGUAUGAUUGUAAGGUAUGUUCAAAAUCUUUUGCCCAACUCGGAGCAUUGCAGCAACACUCACGCAUUCAUUCCGGCGAAAAACCAUAUUCCUGUGAGAUAUGUGGUAAGAGAUUCUCUCAAAAAGCUAAUAAGACUAAGCACGUUAAAAUACAUAAGCAAGGUCAAAGACCUCAUACAUGCUGUGUCUGCGGACGGAGUUUUUCCGAGUUAUUGGAUAUGGAAUUGCAUAAAGCAGGUCAUGGGGGUGGAAAGCCGAGAAAGUGUGAUUAUUGCAAAGAUAGCUUCAGAAAAUUGUCAGAAUUAAAUCAUCACAUACAACGAUUUCACACAUUUGAAAAGCAAUACAAAUGUAUGUUCUGUCCAAAAGAAUUUUAUUCGAUGUAUAAUUUGAAGCAGCAUAUCAUGGUCCAUACAGGACAAAGACCAUAUGCUUGUUCAAAAUGUGACCUUAGGUUUACGCAGAAAGGGAAUCUCACCAAACAUUUUGAACGAAAACAUUCCAAAUCAGGAGAAAAGGGUCACUAUAUUUUAAUAGAUGACACAUCAUUUGAUCAAGGCAAUUUGCUGUUUGUUAAAGAAGAUGUGAAUUGUGAUAACACCAAUAAUACUUUGGUUGUAGAAAGGGAAGAGACAGUUGAGUUACAACCUGGCACUAGUUCCAAAGGUAGUCAUACCUAACUUCAUUACCACUUUGCUACUUCAAGACCAAAUACCAUUUUACAUGUCAUAUACAGAUGAUCUGGAAGCAGAAGAUAACUAGAGUAUAAUUCAUUUAGAUUAACAAUUUAUUUAAUAAGAAUGCAUAAACGUAAGCGAUGAACUGUACAAAAUAACAUUAACAAAAUAUGCCAAAUCAUUCUCUUUACGUAAUGUAGAAACUAAAUUAUAGAAGCGUUUUGAGCCAUAAAAAUUGAAUAUCCUUCAAAUAAGUAAAUGAAAUGAAACAGUUUGAAAAUAAAGUCUAACUGACGAAUCUUGAAUGUAGAAAGAAA